AUGUCAAAAAAACUUCACACAAAAAACAUACAUUUUCUAUACAAUUGCCGACUGUAUCUCUGGAGCAAACGCACCGGUAGUCUUGACCGGAGGGCAGACACAGUUGGGAACAGUUGUGGUUAUAACCACACACUGGCCCUCACGGGUGACGGCCGGGUGUACGGCUGGGGCGACAACUUUUUUGCUCAAAUGGGUUGCGGCAAAGAAGGGCCGAUGUGUCCAUACGUUUGCACACCAAUUGAAGUGCAAUUCAUCGCAAAUUGCAAAAUACAAGCCAUUCAUUGUCACAAAACUUCUUCGUUCGCCAUCACCGGCGAUGGCCAGGCGUUCAGUUGGGGUUUCAAUGAAUACCGCGAAUUGGGCCACAAUUAUAGUAAACAAACACAGAGAGUAUCGACGCCCCGAUUGGUGUCCACCAUAAGUGGUGUGAAAGCGAUCGCUUCCACCGGUUUUAGUACAAUAUUUCACACGACAAACGGCCUGUACUUAUGCGGUCACUUUACCGCCUUUGAUAUUAGUGAAGAAACAAAACAAAGAGUUCUCAAAGAAGCGAAUAGUUUAACAAAACUGGACUCAGAUUUUGUGGUCAAAUAUGAAGAUUCAUAUCUCGAGUCCAAUCAUCUCUACAUUCAAAUGCAAUUCUAUUCCCAAAGUCUUCGAACUGUUCUCAAAGACAAAGCCAUUGUCUUCGAGAGACAAGCGGAAGACACGAUGAAUGUCUUUGAAUACUUUACUUCGUGUGAAAUAUUCAAAGAACUUCUAGAAUGUGUUGAAUAUCUUCACUCAUUGGAUCCACCGGUCAUUCAUCGGAAUCUCAAACCGGAAAACAUAUUAAUUGGUCUCAACUUUACGUCCAAUCGUUGUGUAAAACUGUGUGACUUUGGUUUAGCCACUGAUCACAACACCGAUAGACAGACUGUCAGUCCAUUUGUGCACUCAGUUUGCGGUACUUUUGGAUAUAUAGCGCCCGAAGUACUUAUGGGUAAACAAUAUGACCACAAAUCAGACAUUUAUAGCCUCUCUAUAAUCGGCGAAGAGUUGUUUGGUAUUGAUCUCCAGGAGUAA